UCUUGCAACCAAUAUAUCCCUCCCACACACCAAAUAUAAACCUUCAUUUCAAAUACUAUAUAUCACCAUUUUUCAUCUGCAUUCUUUCCUUUACAAGACAUUACACAAAUAUAUUAUUAACUUCGUUCAAGAAUGUCGAGGCAUGUGGAGCCGUUGUCCGUAGGCCGGGUUAUUGGAGAAGUCGUCGACAACUUCAUACCUAGUGUGAAGCUGAGUGUGACCUACAACACCAACAAGCAAGUCUCCAAUGGACACGAGCUCAUGCCCGGUCUCGUUGCAUUUAAGCCGCGUGUCGAUAUAGGUGGAGAAGACAUGAGGGCUGCUUACACUCUUGUUAUGACUGAUCCUGAUGUUCCAGGCCCCAGUGAUCCUUACCUGAGGGAACAUCUUCAUUGGAUAGUAACAGACAUUCCAGGCACCACUGAUGUCUCCUUUGGGAGGGAGAUUGUGGGAUACGAGGCGCCGAAGCCGGUGAUUGGGAUCCAUCGAUACGUGUUUGUGUUAUUCAGGCAGAGGUCGCGGCACAGCGUGGUGCCGCCGCCUUCCAGAGAUCAUUUCAACACCAGGAGAUUCGCUCAGGAUAAUGCCUUGGGCUUGCCUGUGGCUGCUGUCUACUUCAAUGCACAGAGGGAGACUGCCUGCAGAAGAAGAUAGAUCCAUCAUCAUGAUCAUCCAGAUUAUAGUUGAAUUAAGAUCACAAAAUAAUGAUAAUAAUAAAUUAUAUAUAUAUAUAUAUAUUAUCCUGCCUUCCUUCCUUGAGGAUUGAUUAUUUGUUGCUGUUGCAUUGCUUUCCUGUGCUUUGGAUUUUUAUAUAUGUACUUGUGCUGUUUUAAAUACUACUACUUUCUUUCAUGAAAAAUAAUAAU